AUGCGGAUGGAUGGACGUGACCUGGCCUCUCUUCGGGCCUCGUUCGUUUUGGGCUGGGGAACCUCUAAAGGUAAACAGAACCCUGUUCGGUCCGUGUUGUGUUGCGUGUGCGUACACGGGACUCUCUCUGUGUGUGUGUCUCCUCUCUUCUCCAUUCAUCCAGUCCUAUUCUCACUCUCGUCUUUGCCUCUCCUCCACUUGUACAUACUCCCUGAACAUCGGAUCCUUCAUCCUGCUGACUUACGGUCUAGUCGACUACACGGCCGGAUAAGCCGAAACAACCAAAGUCGGCUCCAUCACAAUCUUACAACCUCCAGCAACCAAUCCAUCGAUUUACGGUUUUGCAAAAUUGAGCUUGCUCAUGAUCCUCGUGUCGUCGAAAACGCAAGGUUCAAGUGUCAUCUGGUUGUGUUGCUUGUAUCUUCUCGGACCACCUCCUGCGUUUUGCCUCAAUCGCUGGCGCCACCGCCGUACUGCUGCUCUGAGCCUCGCCCCGAUACAGGCAUGAUGGGCAACACCACACCAUACUUGCAUCCUCCUCCUCGUCUCGACCACUCGCCAUAUUGGGACACCCAUGUGGGUUCGACUGAUUGGGGUCCGCAAGCAAACACUCCUAACUCCAGCUCUGGCCAUAAGAUGUUAUCUGACUAA